AUGGACGCACAAGAAGAUCAGGCUCGCGAGGCAAGGUUCGAUGCCAUGUUCGCAGAAGAAGACAAAGAGCACCACAUUGUACCCUUCCGCCCACUUGCCUAUUUUAUCAAGUUCCACGUUCACUAUCUGCCUGUCGAUACCAGCACCUCCAGGCGAGAGUGCCCGAUAUGCCGCGAAGACACGUCCGAGUCGCACGAACGCAUGAUGGAAAUCGAUCUACCCAACUGCCACCACAUCUUUGGAGCGGAUUGCUUCGAAAGGUACAUCCAGCGCUCACACACGUGCCCUAUGUGCCGCGAGAUGUGGUUCGAGGAGCGACUGACCCGAGAGGUGCCCAGUCGUGAGAGAAGAGUAAUGAUUGAAAUCGUAGUCGCUAAUCAACAGCUGGCGGAUGCAACGGCAGACGCUCUGGAGAGGGAUGAUGGCGGGAUAAUCGGGAACUUGAUGGGGGCCGGUGUCGCUGAGGUUGACGACGAGGAAGACACCGAGACGCAGGACUCAGCAAAUGAAGAAGAGGCAAACUCCAGUAACGAACGUUCAACCAUCACCCCUUCAGUGAACAGCGAACUAGAGGCUACACGAAUCGAGGUCACAUUUGGCGCUGGCACUGAAACAGAAUCAGAUACAGAUACAAAUAACGAAACGGAAAGUGAGGUCUCUAGCGAUGGUGGGAGGACUAUCGUUCAUUCGGAGGAUCAUCUUGCGUCUCACGAUGUUGACAGGGCUGGUCAUAGCCGGCGCUCAGGUAGCGAUGAUGACGCUGCGGCACCUCCUCGUCAACGAAGACGAUAUGAUUAA